UCCACAAUCAUUUUCAAUUCCCCCCUCUUUUCAUUUCUUACAUGGGAAGCUUUGAGUUGGAGGGAAAAUUAAAAGAGAAAUUCGUUUUGAUUUCCCCCAAUUUUGUUCCAAAGAGAUGCCGAUUGAAAUGCCAAGAGGAUUACCAUUUUCAGUGGACACAUGGAGCCCUAAUUCGAAGUGGAAGAGACAUUAUUUCUUGAGCCAUGCCCAUAAAGAUCAUUCUUCUGGGAUUUGCACACAUUCUUCUUAUCCUAUCUACGCCACCCGUCUCACUAAAUCUCUAGUUCUUCGUUAUUACCCUCAGCUUGAAGAUUCUUUGUUUGUGUGCAUAGAGGUGGCUCAAUCUGUGGUCAUCAAUGACCCGGAUGGCAAUUUCACUGUUACUGCUUUUGAUGCAAAUCACUGCCCUGGAGCUGUCAUGUUCUUGUUCGAGGGCAAUUUUGGCAACAUCCUGCACACAGGAGAUUGCAGGCUCACUCCCGACUGUCUACAAUGGUUUCCCGAGAAGUAUAUUAGAAAAAAAGGGAAGGAACCCGGGUGCCAACUUGAUUAUGUUUUCCUAGACUGUACAUUUGGGAGAUUCAAACAGAAAUUCCCGAGCAAGCAUUCAGCAAUCCAACAGGUUAUAAACUGUAUAUGGAAGCACCCUGCUGCAGCUAUGGUUUACCUGACUUGUGAUCUUCUUGGUCAAGAGGAUAUACUAGUUCAUGUUUCCCAAACUUUUGGUUCUAAAAUUUAUGUUGACAAAGCUGCUAAUCCAGAAUGCUUCCAAGCUUUGACAGUUACAGUUCCUCAAAUCCUCACUCAAGAUCCAACAUCACGUUUCCAUGUGUUUGAUGGAUUUCCUAAAUUAUAUGAACGAGCUGCUACAAAACUUGCAGAGGCACAAGCUAAUUGCCAGCCAGAACCUCUGAUUAUUCGACCUUCAGCUCAGUGGUACGCUUGUGACUGUGAAGAAGAGGAUUCAGACACUAAAAGUCGAAGAAAACUAAGAUUUAAUGAAGCAGUGAGGGAUCAAUUUGGGGUAUGGCAUGUCUGUUACUCCAUGCAUUCUUCCAGAGAAGAAUUAGAGUGGGCUCUGAAUUUUCUUGCACCUAAAUGGGUAGUUUCAACAACCCCACCUUGCCGGGCCACUGAGCUAGAUUACGUUAGGCAAUGUUCGGUUGGUGCUCAUUUAACUUCAAAUGACUCCAUCUGGAAGCUUUUGGAUAUUAGUGUGGGAGCUUCUGCUAAAGCCAAUGUAUCAGCAAAGCAUUCGCAAAUUUCUUUAGAAUCUGAAUUGCCAACAGUUGAAGAUUCUUCUAGCCAACCGUUGAGCUUGUCUUCACCUAUCAAAAAGCCAGCACUGACAUUAUUCGGUAGAGCACGACUGCCUGUUGGAGCUUUUGAGAAUCAUGAUUGCUCAUCCAACGAAAAACUAACAUUUGUAAAAGAUCAUGUAAUUGCCAAACAGGAAGUCGGAGUUGUAGAGGCUUCGAAGGUGGAAAUUCAUGUACCGAAUAACUUCGUGUCUUCUUCAAUUGGAUCAUCAAGAAACUUUAGUGAAGCCUUGAGAAAAUCGUAUAGGUCGAUGAACGUGCCAAUGCCUCGGCCUUUGCCCUCCCUGGUGGAGCUUAAGGGUGCCAAUAAACAAAACAAGAGGAGAAUGGCAGAGAUUUAAUUUGAAGUUUACAGUCAUACUUUCAUAUGCUUAAGCUUCUUUGAGUUCAUUCUUCACUCAAUUACGCUCCUUAAUAAUUUGUAUCAAUGAAUACAAUAAUACUGUAUCUCUGAAUGCUGAUGCCUUCUUUUUCUUUUC